GCUACGUUUUGUUCGUAGUUACGAGUUGAAAAAUAAGUCGACUCGAAAAUUGCGUAAUUUAACAUCACAUUUUCGAAAGAGGUGAAGGACUUGACUCAGUACUUGCGUGAAUAGGUUCAGUUCUGAAAAAAUCUCCGGAUUAAUAGUUAUUAAUUAGUCCGGAAGGUGACCAAGAAGGUAAUUUAUGCUUGAAUGGUGCAGUAUCCGAAGUUAAUAAACGGUGCUUGUCACACUGAAUCUCAUUUGAACGAUUGAGAGCAUUGUUUUCGCCCCAUCAGGUUUUCUGUUGAAGUUCGUUAAAGUUUUUUGAUGGAAGUUCAACAUCACAUCCAGAUCGAGAGGCCCCUGUACGAACAUGAAGCGUUAAGAAGGAACUACAACUACAAGAAGACCAAUAAACUGAAUGACGAAAAUAAUUGCUGCAAUUGUAAUUCGAAUCGAUUGAAGAAGGUUGUAAAGGGGGUGUUUCCAAUACUAGAAUGGCUACCGAAAUACAAGUGGAAGGAAGAAUUCCUAAAAGAUUUGAUAGCUGGUAUCACCGUUGCUAUUAUGCACAUACCACAAGGAAUCGGAUAUGGCAUGUUGGGUAAUGUGCCUCCUGUCGUUGGAAUAUACAUGGCUUUCUUUCCAGUGUUCAUAUAUUUCGUUUUCGGCACAUCCAGACAUAAUUCAAUGGGUACUUUCGCGAUUGUUUGCCUCAUGACUGGUAGAGCAGUUUUGCAAUAUAGCGACCCUUCAUAUUUGAGGCAUCUGGACAUUGAAAGUAGAGACUUAAACGAUUCUACGGUACAUCAAAUGGUUCACUAUUCCUACACACCGAUUCAAGUGGCUACAGCAGUAACUUUUACCGUUGGUUUGUUCCAGCUUGUACUGUACGUUUUCCGAUUGGGUUGUGUUACAGCAUUAUUAUCAGAAACUCUGGUCAGUGGUUUCACAACUGCAGCAGCUUUCACAGUCUUUACGACUCAAAUCAAGCAACUUCUAGGUGUUAGAAUACCUAACCAGAAAGGCUUCUUCCAAGUUUUCAAUAUCUUCAAAAGUCUAUACUACGAGUUACCCAACACCAAUCUGGUUGCUCUGAUGAUCUCGGCGAUCACCAUCAUUGUGAACAUGUUCAGCAAUGAAAUACUGAGGCCGAAAUUUGCCAAGUUUUCAUCUUUCCCAAUACCCAUCGAGAUAACAUCCAUAAUUGUAGGAAGUGCUGCUUCCUAUGUAUGGAAUUUCGAAGAAAAAUACGAUAUAUCCAUCGUUGGGGACAUCCCCAGUGGUUUACCUGAAGCUGCUCUGCCUCCCUUCAGCUUGAUACAAUCAGUUCUAUUAGAAUCAUUCACGAUUUGUAUCGUAUCUUACAGUGUUACCAUAUCGAUGGCUCUAAUAUUUGCCCAGAAAUUGAACUAUGAUAUCGAUGCCAAUCAGGAACUUCUGGCACAGGGCGCUGGUAAUAUCUUCGGAUCUUUCUUCUCAUGUAUGCCUUUUGGAGCAUCUCUAUCCAGGACAGUGAUACAGCAAACUGUUGGCGGAAGAACUCAGAUAACAUCUAUGGUAUCUUGUGGUCUCCUCCUGAUCAUCCUCCUGUUCAUUGGACCCCUCUUUGAACCACUUCCCAAGUGCGUGCUAUCUGCUAUAAUAGUUGUGGCAUUAAAGGGGAUGAUGAUGCAAGUGAAAGAUUUCUUCAAGUUCUUCAAGUUGAGCAAAUUGGAUGGACUUGUUUGGCUCACUACUUUCUUGACCACGCUAAUAGUCAGUAUAGAUUUGGGAUUACUGAUAGGAGUCAUAAUGUCACUGGGAUCGAUCAUGAUACUAGAGUUUAAACCGUAUAUAUGUUUGCUGGGACACAUUCCUCACACUGAUUUGUACUUGGACAUGAACAAAUACAACACAGCGAAGGAAAUACCUGGAAUGAAGAUUUUCCAUUACAAUGGAGGCUUGAAUUUCGCCAUGAGGAAUUUAUUCAAAACUGAAUUUACAAAACAUAUAAAAAUCAACACGCUAAAACAGCUGCACUACAAGAACAACCUGGCCAAAAUAACUGAACUGGUAGAAAAAUUUGGAAAAACGGACGAGACGAGAAGAAAAUACGACAAAAUACUAUCUAAAAUGAACACGAACAUCAAGGUGAUCAUUUUGGACUUCUCGUCAUUGAGCUACGUAGACCCGUCUGGCGUCUCAUCGUUGAGGGUACUGGCAGACAGUUUCCAUAAAAUUGAUAUCCCCAUUUACCUUGCUGGACUUUCAGAACCAAACUAUGAAGUAAUGGAGAAAUGUGGACUGUUUUUGCAAACCGAUAUAAAAACUUUCGCAAAAAUCCACGAUGCUGUCUUGUAUGCCACCGAAAAAUUCGGUCUGCACUCAAGAAAUCAAGUUCCGAAAAUUUAUGUCAAAUGAUAAGUUGGUCCUCCAACUACAAUGUACUGAGUUUAGUUAUUAGUUAUGUAUUUAUAGUUACUGUUUUUAUUAAAUUUAUAUAGUUAUA